AGAGAGGAGUCAGUGCGAUGGGAUAGAGGAGGAGGAGGAGGAGGAGAGUGAAUGAGAGCUGCUGGUCCUGCCUUCGCCCGUCGUCUGCUGAAGCCGGGUUUCACCGCCACGCUGCACCGAGCGGAGACACGGCCCACUUGGACACCCCGUCCACACUCGGCGUGCCACACAGCGCCGGCUGUUCUGACUGCAGCGACGCCGCCAGCUCGGAGGGACACAAAAAAAAAAAAAAAAAGAGGGCUCACCAGGCUUUCUCCAUCACCAAAGGAGGGGGGGGGGGGGGAAACGCAGCGGCAAGCGAAGGGGCCUGGCGUUACUAUUUAGGCACCAGCUGCUUCCUCAACCAGAUCCCCCUCCGCCUUACCCCAUCCUUGACCGCCGCCACCUCCGCUCCUCCCUUGCUCCCCCCUAUGCCCUUGUCCUCGGCGGCUCCUCUCCCCUCCCUGGCCAGUAUAUGGAGAGAAGCUCCCUGUUUCAGCUCAUACAAGAGCAGCUGGACCCAGACAACACCGGUUUCAUCGCAGUGGAGAACUUCACCAGCUUGGUGGAGCACCAUGAGCUGCAGCUGGACCCGUCCAAACUGGACAUGCUGCUAGCGCUGGUGCAGAGCAAUGAAGAGGGGCAGGUGUGCUACCAGGAGCUCAUCGAGCUGAUGAGCAGCAAGCGCUCCAGCAGCUUCCGCCGGGCCAUCGCCAACGGACGCCGCACGCUGCAGAGGGAGAUCCUGCUGGACGAGACGGGCCUGGGUCUGUACAAGCGCUUCGUCCGCUACGUGGCCUACGAGAUCCUGCCCUGCGAGACGGACCGGCGCUGGUACUUCCACCAGAACCGCCUGUGCCCCCCACCUGUCUUCAUCGCCGUCGUCACCAUCGUGCAGAUCAUCGUGUUCAUGUGCUACGGCAUCAUGCUGAACAAGUGGGUGCUGCAGACCUAUCAGCCCGACUUCAUGAAGAGCCCCCUGGUCUACCACCCCGGCCACCGCGCCCAAGUGUGGCGCUUCUUCAGCUACAUGUUCAUGCACGUGGGGUUGGAGCAGCUGGGGUUCAAUGCUUUGCUGCAGCUGAUGAUUGGCGUUCCUUUGGAGAUGGUCCACGGCAUCUUACGGAUCAGUCUGCUCUACAUGGCAGGAGUGCUGGCCGGCUCGCUGACGGUGUCCAUCACCGACAUGCGCGCCCCGGUGGUGGGGGGCUCCGGAGGAGUCUACGCUCUGUGUUCAGCGCACCUGGCCAACGUCGUCAUGAACUGGGCCGGGAUGCGCUGUCCCUACAAGCUGCUCCGCAUGAUCCUGGCGCUGGUCUGCAUGAGCUCAGAGGUGGGCCGGGCCGUCUGGCUUCGCUUCUCCCCCCCGCUGCCCUCCUCCGGGCCCCAGCCCAGCUUCAUGGCCCACCUGUCGGGGGCCGUGGUGGGCAUCAGCAUGGGGCUGCUGAUCCUGCGCAGCUACGAGGAGAGCCUGCAGAAACAGUGCUCCUGGUGGGUCAUCGUCUUCUCCUUCAUCACCUUUCUCCUCUUUGCCAUCUUCUGGAACAUCUUUGCGUACGAGCUGCUGGGGGUGCAGAUACCCCCGCCUCCCUGAUGGAGGC